GGGCUGCAAGGACCCAAACAAGCCAGGCAGAAACCUGCCUGGAAAGCCCUCAGGUAAGCAGGAGAUUCACAUGCAAGUAAAAGUCAUCUCUCUCAAGACUGCCAGCACAGCAACCAGGAUUUUAGUAUCUCGCAAGAGGUGGGCAGAACAGCACAGCAGUGGCUGUGUAUUGCACAGUUCCUCUGCCAGGAACUUUGUGAGCAAGGCCACAUGCUUAUCCCAGCAGGACAGUGGUUGCUCAAACCUGUUUGUUGCUUGGUGUGUGGCCUCCAGCAAGUUGCUUAAUAUUUUUGAGCCUUGAUUUCGUCAUUCUUGAAAUGGUGAUGAGAAUGCAAAGGACGUGGUGUUGGAGGCUCCAAAAGCUUAGGUCUAUCUGGACCACAGUGGGCACAGAGUCAGGUGCCAGAAGGCCCUAGAAGAUAUAUUCUGGCUAAAUGUGACCCCCAAAGCAUUCUUCAGUCUGGUUACAGCAUACUUUCUGGAGGUGACAUUAAAUGAAUGACAUGGGACUGUUCCUAGAAUUCAGGUGCACAUACAACCCUAAGACUGGCUUCCAGCAAGGCAAGGCAAAAAUAAAAGUCAAGGCACCUGACAGGAAGCAAAGCUUUAAAAGAGCAUGUGACCUCCCUGGGGAGCCCACUGGGGGCCUAUCACACUCACGUGGUUAGGGCUGGUUGGGGUACAGAUCCCAUGUGCACUGGCUGCCUGAUAGGAGGUGUGUUGCUGUGCUCUUGAGAGUGAUCACUUGAGGAAGUCCUCCAAGAGGAAGAGGCAGCCUACUGCCCCAAGCGGUAAGGGGUUCCCUGGAGGGGUUGGUCUGUGGGGAAAUGAGGCUCAGGGGAGGUGAAGGCCAGAACACACAAGCCCCCAAGUCCUGGGAUUGGUGGAGCCAGGUGGGGCAGGGGCUAUGAAGAUGGGGAGUAAGUGAAAAUUAGAAAUAUUUCAGACAGAGGUAGGACCCAAGUGAGACAGUCUCAGACAGACAUCAUGGUCCAAACCUGGACUUGGUGGAGGGCCAGGAGUUUACCAGUCUGGUGAGAAGGGGGUACCAAGGUAGGAGCAGGGUAUGCAGCACCAGGUCCCAAGCUACACAGCUGACCCGGAGCGGGGAGGCAUUGGAGCUCGUGACUCAGAGCAGCCAAGUUGUGGGCAGUUGCUCAUACCCAGCUGACCCAGGAGCCAGCACAGGGGUCAUUUUCUCUCAGGUGACCUGAGGCUUUCGCCAGGUAGACUACACACCUUGAGCUGGUCAGAACCCCUAGGAAGAAAUGUGUACUGCCCCUCAAUCCCUUAACUGAGGACAGCUCCCCUCCCCCUCUCCUGCAGCUGCCUCCCUGGACAGAGGGAGGGGAAGUGGCCUGAAGGGGAAGUGUGAGGAGUUCCCCUCCAGGCUGUCACCAGUCUCCUCAAGUCUUCGGAAGAGAAGGCCUCUGGCCCAACUGUGGCCAUGGAGCCUGUGGAGACUCCAGUUAAGGAUGGCAUUCUCUACCAGCAACACGUCAAGUUUGGCAAGAAGUCCUGGCGGAAGGUGUGGGCUCUGCUGUAUGCAGGAGGUCCAUCAGGCGUUGCUCGGCUAGAGAGCUGGGACAUCCGGGAUGGUGGCCUGGGGCCAACAGGGGACAGAUCUGCAGGGCCUGGCCGUCGGGGAGAGCGACGGAUAAUCCGCCUGGCUGACUGUGUGUCCGUGCUGCCGGCCGAUGGUGAGAGCUGUCCCAGGGAUACUGGUGCCUUCCUGCUCACUACCACCGAACGAAGCCACCUGCUAGCUGCACAGCAUCGCCAGUCAUGGAUAAGCCCCAUCUGCCAACUGGCCUUCCCAGGCACAGGGGAGUGCUCCACAGGACCAGGAGAGGCUGAGUCUCCCAAGGGCCUUGUUCCCAUGGAAGAAAACUCCAUCUACUCUUCCUGGCAGGAAGUGAGUGAGUUUCCAGUGAUGGUGCAGAGGACUGAGGCUGCCGCCCGCUGCCAGCUAAAGGGACCCUACCUCCUGGUACUGGGCCAAGACACCAUCCAGCUGAGGGAGACUUCCAGCCCCCAGGUCCUCUACAAGUGGCCCUACCACUUCCUGCGAAAGUUUGGCUCUGACAAGGGUGUGUUCUCCUUUGAGGCUGGCCGCCGCUGUGACUCAGGUGAGGGCCUCUUUGCCUUUAGCAGCCCACGUGCCCCUGACAUGUGUGGGGCUGUGGCUGCUGCCAUCGCCCGCCAACGGGAACAGUUGCCGCAACGGGCUGUUCCCCAACCUUGCCCCCUGCCUCGCGCCACCUCCCUGCCCUCCUUGGAACCCCCUGGAGAGCUUCAGGAGGUGACACCAGGGUCGGAGCUGCCCACCUCCAGAAGGGCACCUGUGGUCGAUCCUGGACCCCAAAGCCUACCAUUGCUACUUGGUCCUGGACCAGAAGAGCCGGUGUCGGAGCUCUAUGCCUCCGUGUGCAAGCGUGCCAGUGGACCCCCAGCCACCAUCGAGCACCUCUACGAGAACCUGUGCAUGCUGGAUGCUAGUCCUGGGAUGCCCAACGGGGGCCCCGAGCCCCAAGAGGGUCUUUCUGAUGGCCAAAGCCCCACAGCCAGUCCCAUCUACCACAAUAGCGAGGACCUGGGCUGGUCCAGCCCCAACCACGACAGCAGCCUCGAGGCUCAGUACCGGCGACUACUAGAGCUGGAGCUUGAUGAGGCAGGUGGCACCAGCCGCUCUGGCAGUCAGGCAGGCUUCAAGGCCAAGCUGGUGACACUGCUGGGUCGAGAGCGGAGGAAGGGUCCUACCCACUGUGACCGACCCUGAAGGCCUGUGCAGUGGUGGCAGGACAGAGGUGCUCCUGGGUUGGGAGGAUGGACAUCUGUGACCAAAUUCCUGUCUACUCUGGUUUGUGGGAACUAGGCAGGCAGCCUGGGAAGGACCCACACCCUGCCCUGUCUGUCCCCCAGUGUACAGUGUACAGAUUAACCAAUAACAAUAAAGUGCCAG